GCUGGGUCAGGACAGAAAGGCUUACCCGGGCAGAGGAGGAAACGUGUCAGGAGAGGUGAUGACACAGCCACGGAGACGUAUUCACAUCCUCUCCGACUCCUGAGAUUGCUCCUCGCUGCCGUUUAAGCCUCCCCUGCUGCUUUUUCCUGCAUCCUGCUGAGGAGAGAGAGGGCUAAAGAUAGCUGCCGGUCUUCCUCCACACCUCUCCCUCUUCCUCUCUUUCUCACUUUGUUUGUGGAUGAUGGGAUUUUAAUCAUGUGGAAGACAGCUGAGCGGCUCUUCUGGAUUUUGUCGACGCUGUGCCUGGUCCCGCCUGGCCUUUUCUGAGCAGGAUGGACACUCUGGAGUCAGAGCUGACCUGCCCAAUCUGCCUGGAGCUCUUUGAAGACCCACUGCUGCUCCCUUGUGCCCACAGCCUGUGCUUCGGUUGCGCCCAUCGCAUCCUCGUCUCCCACUGCGCCACCAACGAGUCCGUUCAGAGCAUCGGCGCCUUUCAGUGCCCCACCUGUAGGUAUGUCAUCUCCCUGAGUCCAGAGCGUGGACUAGAAGGACUUAAGAGAAACGUGACCUUGCAGAACAUCAUCGACAGAGUCCAGCGAGCCUCGUCGUCAGCUGGGCUUCCUUUACCGCUGCCUUUGCCGGCCCCCCACAGUGGACCCAACUCUCCCUCUGAGGAAGGGAGCAACCGGCUGGCUCUGGUCCCCAUCAGCGCUGCCAUGUCCAGCCCAUGCACCCCACCAGAACCAGUCCAGUGCCAGUUCUGUGAGCAGGACCCGCCUCAAGAGGCCGUUAAAACAUGCGUGACGUGUGAGGUGUCGUACUGCGAGGAGUGCCUCAAAGCCACUCACCCAAACAAGAAGCCAUUCACCGGUCACAGGCUCAUCGAGCCUAUGCCCGAUUCCCACCUCAGGGGGCUGCAGUGCCUGGAGCACGAGGAGGAGAAGGUGAACAUGUACUGUGUGAGUGAUGACCAGCUGAUCUGCUCGCUGUGCAAGCUGGUUGGAAGGCACAGGGAUCAUCAGGUGGCAGCCCUGAGCGACCGUUAUGAGAAACUCAAGCAAGCCCUUGAUUCCAACCUGAGUAAUUUAAUCAAGAGGAACAACGAGCUGGAGUCUUUAAUGGGCAGAUUGAUCCAGACUUGUCAACAUGUCGAGGUGAAUGCAUCCCACCAGGAGGGGAAGCUCAUGGAGGAGUGUGAUGUCCUGAUUGACAUCAUUCAGCAGAGGAAGCAGAUCAUCGGCAACAAGAUUAAAGAGGGGAAGGCUCAAAGGCUUCGUAAGCUGGCCCAACAAAUUUCCAACUGCAAGCAGUGCAUCGAGAGGUCCUCCGCCCUCAUCACACAGGCUGAUCAGACGCUAAAAGAAACCGAUCACGCUCGCUUCCUGCAGACAGCCAAGAGCAUCAACGAGAGGGUUUCCAUGGCAACUGCAUCAACCCAAGUGCUGAUUCCUGAGAUACACCUCACUGACACUUUUGACACMUUUGCACUGGACUUCACCAGAGAAAAAAAACUGUUGGAGAAUCUGGAUUACCUCACAGCUCCAAGUGCUCCGUGCAUUAGGGAAGAGUUGUGCACGGCUUCAUACGACACCAUUAGUGUCCACUGGACGUCUGAUGAUGAAUUCUCAGUCGUGUCCUACGAGCUCCAGUAUGCCAUCUUCACAGGACAGUCCAACAUUGCCAGUUUAUGUAAUUCAUUGGAAAGUUGGAUGAUUGUACCCAACAUCAAACAGAACCACUACACGGUACAUGGUUUGCAGAGUGGCACCAAGUAUAUCUUUGUCGUAAAGGCCAUCAAUCAAGCGGGAAGCCGGAGCAGUGAACCAGGGACUCUAAAGACAAACAGUCAGCCAUUUAAACUAGACCCCAAAUCGGCUCAUAAGAAGCUGAAGGUGUCACACGAUAACCUCACGGUGGAGCGGGAUGAAACCACAUCGAAGAAAGGCCACAGCCAGGAUCGGUUCUCCAGCCAGAGCAGCUAUGGUGUGGUGGGAAAUGUCUAUAUUGACAGUGGGCGUCACUACUGGGAGGCUUUGAUAGGAGGAAGCACAUGGUACGCAGUAGGUAUUGCCUACAAAUCAGCCCCAAAGCACGAGUGGAUUGGCAAGAACUCAGCCUCUUGGGUGAUCUGCCGCUGCAACAACUCUUGGGUGGUUCGCCAUAACAGCAAGGAGCUAGCCAUUGAGCCGUCUCCCCACCUUCGUCGCAUUGGGAUCCUGCUCGAUUACGAUGUCGGAUAUCUGUCUUUCUACGAUGCCGUGGGCUCACAGCACCUCCACACAUUUAAUGUGUCCUUUGUUCAGCCUGUGUGUCCCGUGUUCAAUGUGUGGAAUAAGUGUCUGACAAUUCUCACCGGUCUACCCAUCCCUGACCAUCUAGAGGGACAGGAGCCCAACAAUUAAAUCUACAGUCAAUGCGAUACAAUCACCAUAAAGUCAUUAUCCUAAAACUUCACUGGGACAGAGCUUUUUUUAAAAGGUCAUACUUAUUGGGGAAAAGCAGAAGAGUGAUUCAACCUAUUCUGCCACAGUUAAAACACAAAUUAUACCAUCUACUCUAACACCAAUUUUGAAACAAACGUGAUCAAACAAAUAUUACUUUUCCCAUUUGGUUUACAAACCAUAGGUGACAGGCUGCUCRGGAAAAAAACAAGCCUUUGCGUUUUCUAAAAACAAGCUAGGGUUAUUUGAUGAUGGGUUAGAAAUUCCAGAUUCAGUUUGCUUUGGAUUAUAGUAGGAACACUUGUUUUAUUGCAAAACGGAAACAAGCCACACAUUAAUUUACAACUUUUAUCCAUCAUAAGACAUUGCACUUUGAAAAUCUUUAAAAGUACACAUAAUGCAUUCACAGAGAAGCAUAUUCAAUUUAAAACAACUGUGGUUGCUGGAAAAUGUGGAAAAACAUGUAUAUUUUGUAAAAUUAUUGUACCCCGUGCCAUCCUUUUCAUCUUUACCUGCAGGAAACCAAAGUAGUCAUGGCUGUUUAUUCAGAUAAAAUUUUGUUCUGUGAUAAUAAAUGCUGAAUUAUUUUUUAAAAAGUGUGACCCAGAGAAACAGCUUAUGCUGAUAUAAAAUGCAGAGUUCAAAUAAACUUUGUCUUUUUUGCACAUCAUUUACACUUUCAUGGUUUUGUAGCCUAUAGACAUCCAAUAUUUGUGCAAUUUACAUGUGUUCAGACUAGGGCAAGUGUGUUCUCUUUGACUUACUGUGCUAAUUUUGUUUUUGCGACCCUAUGUUUAUGUGAUGUACAAUUAAUGAAUCACUUUACAGUUGUUGCCCCAAGGUGGUACAGGAGGCUAAAGGGGAAAUAGACUAUUACAUGUUUUUUUCUUUGGGGGGGGACUACAGUUUAUAUUCUGAAAUUUGCAAUUAACCUCUAAAAACCAAUGCAUUCAUGAACAUUAGGUUGUCAGAUUUUUUGCACAAUAAUGAUGUCAGAAAGAUAUACCUGUAUCUUAACAUCAACCAAUGGCAAAGUUCUGAUUUGGAUUAUAACUAGUUUUCUAACAUAAAAGGGGUCUACAAUGGUUAUUUAGAUUUGCCCAUUAUGUAUCAACAGAGCCAAAAGGCAACUUGUCAACAUAAAAAUWAAGAUUUGGUUGUAUUUCUCAAUGAAAUAAGGUUUGUAACCCAGUUUUUUGAACAACUGAUGCUCUUUAAAAUGCUGUUUUACCGGAAAUACAUUAAACCCAACCUCAUUGCUUGUAAUAUUUCGUGCUUAUUUUAACAUUACUGUUUUAACUUCAUGACCAUGAUGUUCUAUGUCCAGUCUUUGUAGACAUUUUUAUGAAAUACAGGAUAUGUGCUCAGAUCACUGUUCCUGGAGAUGAGUGGAAAAUAAAUAUCACUCCUUAUAGCAUUA